UUCCGUUUCCAAAAAACUGGGAAAUACUCUGAUUAAGUCCGGUUUUGUGGCCCAGGCGGCUACCUUUAGCCUCAACAUGGAUUCGGACCGUCCAACCAAGCUGGAGUUUGCGGUGCAGAUGACAUGUGAGAGCUGUGGGGAGAAAGUUCGAGCAGCUUUGGAGGGUAAACCAGGAGUGAGGUCUGUCAGUGUCGACGUGGGUAAAGAGGAGGUUCUGGUGGAGUCGGCUCUGACCAGCAGCGAAGUCCAGGCUCUGAUCGAAAGCACCGGCUACAGAGCCGUGCUGAAGGGCAUCGGGGGAUUGGAGCAAGACCUGGGUGCAGCCGUGGCCAUGUUGUCUGGAGCAGGAUCGAUUCAGGGUGUGGUGCGCUUCCUGCAGCUCUCUGAGGAACUCUGUCUGAUCGAUGGGACGGUGGACGGGUUGGAGCCCGGGCCCCACGGUCUCCACGUCCACGCCCUGGGGGAUCUCACGCAGGACUGCCUCAGUUGUGGCGAACACUUCAAUCCAUUUAAUAAACAACAUGGAGGCCCAGCUGACUCUGAAAGGCAUGUAGGUGACCUGGGGAACGUUGUGGCUGGACCAGACGGCAGAGCUUCGUUCAGAUUAGAGGAUGCUCAGGUUAAGGUGUGGGAUGUUAUUGGUCGAUCUCUGGUUGUUGAUGCAGGAGAGGAUGACCUGGGUCGGGGCAGCCACCCUUUAUCUAAACAAACAGGAAACUCUGGUGAAAGGUUAGCCUGUGGGAUAAUUGCCAGAUCAGCGGGACUUUUCCAAAACCCCAAGAAGAUCUGCGCCUGCGACGGGGUCACGCUGUGGGAGGAGCGAGACCGGCCGAUAGCCGGGGAAGGCCGGAGCAAGGCCAACCCUGACAUGCCUUCAGCGCACCUCUGACUCUCGGACACAGACUUGGAGAGGUGGCCCUGUGGAGGAACGUUGUGUAGACUGUGGGGGGCGGAGCUUAAAACUUGAACGGGAGCUCUUGAGGUUUCCAGAAAAAUGAACUUGUUAAAAUCGGAUUACGUUGCACUCACAGUUUUGUACUCUGGAGGUUUCAACAGAACCAAAGCCGUCUGCAGUGUGGGUGAACGUAUUCCGUU